AUGCACCUCUUAAGCAAGACCGAACAAGGCCGCCUGUUCCUCUUCGGAUUGCCCGUCGGAAUCCGAAACAAAACGAUCAAGCAUUAUAAGAUCGACGAACUCGACUUAGACUCUUAUGCCGCUUUCGAUGACUUCGCUGCAUUCGCCUUUAAGACCGACCAAAGCGCUAAGACUAUCGAAGCUAUAAAUCGAGAAAAGUCUUUUUUAGCCAACUUCACCAAAGAUAUUCGGACCUUGGUCAAAGAACACACGAAGCUAGCCAGCGUUCUUGAAUCUGCUAAGAAAGCCUUAGUAAUAGUGCCGUUCACCCGUGAACCACGGUUCACGAGUGAAAAAAAAGAAAUUGACAAAGUAAAUUCUAUGAUUAAGAAGUUUUUUAACUUGCAGAUUAAUGCGAUCUAUAAUCGAAUUGAUUACCUCGAAGACUAA